AUGUCUGCGUGUCCACGUGGGCAUCGCCCUUUAAGAGAAACUGGCGCAGCGAUUUCCACUGCUAUUGCUCUUCUAGAGGGUUGCUGCUCACCCAGUACAGGUGGUCGGAUUAUGGUCUUUACAUCUGGCCCUGCAACAGUUGGUCCAGGGUGUGUGGUGGAAACUGAUCUUGGUAAAGCAAUUCGUUCUCAUCGUGACAUAUUCAAUAGCAACGCACCACUGACUGAUAAAGCACGUGAUUUCUACAAGAAAGUUGCAAAGAGGAUGACAGACCGUGCAUUAGUUCUUGAUCUAUUCGCCUUCUCUCUUGAUCAAGUUGGGGCUGCAGAGCUGAGGAAUCCAAUUGAAGUGUCAGGUGGUUUAAUGGUGCAUACAGAGUCAUUUGAGUCUGAGCAGUUCAAAAGCUGUUUUAGGCAUAUGUUUAAGCAUGAAGGCACCAAUUACCUUAAUAUGAACUUUAAUGCGACAAUUGAAAUAGUUACAUCAAAGGAAGUGAAGAUUUGUGGUGCCCUUGGUCCUUGCAUUUCCCUCCGCAGGAAAAAUAGCUCAGUUAGUGAUAAGGAAAUUGGUGAAGGUGGGACAAAUUAUUGGAAAACUAGUUCACUGAGCAGCAAGACCAGCAUUGCUUUCUUUUUCCGAGUUGAUUGCAGUCAUAAAGCUGAGCCCCCGACUGUCUUCUUUAUUCAGUUCAUGACAAGGUACCGACAUGGUGAUGGUAGUUAUCGCCUAAGGGUAACGACCAUUGCAAGAACAAAUUGCAAGAACAAGAAGGGAGCUGCUGCAGCUGUUAUGGCCAGGCUUGCUGUUUACAGGGCAGAGACAUACCAUGUUAGAGAUGUUAUACAACGGCUCGACAAGAUGCUUAUCCGCUUUACUGCUAAGUUUGGAAACUAUGUUCCUGAAGAUCCAUCUACAAACUUCUCCUUGUAUCCGCAGUUCAUGUACUACUUGCGGAGAUCACAGUUCAUUGAUGUUUUCAACAGCUCUCCCGACGAAACUGCUUUCUUCAGGAAGCUUGGCUAUCAUAAGGACCCAAACCACGAAAAUUUGCGGAAGCUCCUUGAAGAACCAGAAGUAGAUGCAGAAGCACUACUGGUAGACCGUUUCCCUGUGCCAAAACUCAUAAAGUGUGACCAGCAUGGUAGCCAGGCCAGGUUCCUUCUCGCUCGGUUGAAUCCAUCUGUGACACAGAAAACACAGCUUUCAGAGGGAACUGAAGUCAUUUUCACCGACGAUGUUAGUUUACAAGUGUUUAUUGAACAUUUGCAGGAGUUGGCUGUUCAGGGCUAG